ACUCGACGUAGCGUACGUACAACGUACGACCCGAGUACGUGCCAUGUUGCCCGGACGUGCUGUGUCGCUGGCGUUCUGUUGUGUUGGGCUUUGUUAACUGGCCGUGCAUGACCUGGUUUGACACACCUGCCCGACCUGAGGACGUGACGGAGUGCGGUGUGUUAGUUCUCAGAGCCACAGUCGGAGUUUGUGACAUUCAGGAGCACACGCAUGCGGUUUGUGAGCAAGGCUGGACGUGGAAAGUUAAAGUCAUAAACUGGUCACCCCACGGCUAGCUCGGGAAAGGCUCGCUAGACCUGGUGACCUUCCCUGACAGCUGGGUGUGUGUCUGACUUCUUGACUCCCAGACUUCUGUGAAUGGACAGUAACUACACCUGGCCAGAGGACUAACACAUGAACCGGUAUGUGAGCCAGUAACAGCAGUACCGAGCAGGACCUCAUUCAUCACUUUAUUAACUCACCGGACAUGUGAUUGAGUCAAUGGUUGUGUGUUCACUUCUAAGAAUGACUCGCCGCUCACUGGGGAACUUGGUAUGCUUCGGGAAUCGAGCUGUCAGUCUGUUGUAUGGACACUCCCUUCGACCUCUCCACACUUCAACAUGCAACAAUUCCUCGCAGCCAAAAGCCGGAUUCAAACCGGAGAAGGUAGCAGUGGUCACAAAGACUACUCGAUAUGAGUUUGAACAGCAGCGUUAUCGGUAUGCAGGGCUCUCUGAAGAGGACCUCAAACAGCUGCUUGCCAUGAAGGGCUCCAGCUACAGCGGCCUGCUGGAAAGACACAACAUCCACACUAACAAUGUGGAACAUAUUGUGAAGAGCCUGCGGAGAGAAGGCAUCGACGUACGAGUGGUGAAAAGAGGAGAAUACAAUGAAGAAGUAGUGCGAUGGGCAGAUGCCAUUAUCUCUGCUGGAGGUGAUGGGACAAUGCUACUUGUUGCCAGUAAGGUUUUAAGCAAGGACAAACCAGUUGUUGGAGUAAACACAGACCCUGAGAGGUCAGAAGGUCAUCUGUGCCUGCCUGUGCGGUAUACGCAUGCCUUCCCAGAGGCACUGGAGAAACUCUGUCGUGGUGAGUUCAGGUGGCUGUGGCGUCAGAGGAUCCGUGUCCACUUAGAGGGCACAGGUAUCAAUCCCACACCUGUGGACCUGCACGAGCAGCAGCUGAGCCUGGAGCAGCACAACCAAGCUCACCGUAUCACCACGAUGGACAUCCAGCAGAGGACAGGAACACUUACAGAAAGUUUCUCCAAGCCCAGUCUCCUCCCCAUCAGAAGUCUCAAUGAAAUCUUCAUUGGAGAAUCUCUGUCCUCCAGGGUGAAGUUAAAAUCCUUCAAACACCAUGUUAACCUCUUGCUCCAUAGGGCGUCUUACUACGAGAUCUCUGUGGAUGACGGCCCUUGGGAAAAACAGAAGAGUUCAGGACUCGGCAUUUGCACUGGAACAGGAUCCAAAGCCUGGUCUUACAACAUCAACAAACUUGCUGAACAAGCUGUGGAGGAGGUUCUAAAAAUCGGGAAGUCCCAAACAGCUCUUGAUAUCCCACUUAAUCAAAGCUUCAUUCAAAAAGUUACUGAUGAAUACAACGAGUCUCUGGUGUUCAGUCCGGACGACAGACGUUUGCUGUACAGCAUCAGGGAGCCCAUCGUCAACAGAGUCUUCUCCAGCAGUCGGCAGCGAGGCUUCGCCAGCAAGGUGUGUGUCCGCUCGCGAUGUUGGGAUGCCUGCAUGGUGGUCGACGGUGGGACUUCAUUCGAGUUCAAUGAUGGUGCCAUUGCUACAAUCAGCAUGAGUGAAGAGGAUCAGCUCCGCACGGUCCUUCUUGAACACUGAGAUGAGUCAGUAGCGCUCCACACUUAACUGGUUUCUCUCCAGAGUUCAAAAGGAUGUGGUCAAAGGGAAGAACCAGUUUUUAGCUUUUAGUCUUCACACGUGUUGAAUAGUUUUAUACCUGUGGAAAAAAGGUAUUAUUGUUACAAUUGUUUUAUUAAAUGUGUGCAUUGUGGAUUUCCCAGAAUUAUCUUGAAAUCAGACAUUUUUUCCCCUUUUUUUUAACCUUCAUCCCACCAUCCAUCGAUUAUAACCAGAUAGUAUCCACUGGAUUAUAAUGACUUUAAUCCGCUUUGUAGCUACUGUGUUAGACAAUGUUUAAACUGUAACACUACUCACCGUCUUUCAAUGCAUCAAAUCAUAGGUGAGUCUGUUGGCAGAGGAGAUAAUAGAUCAUGUGGAAGGAGGGCUUAAGCUAAUAGAAAAUGAAUAGUUUAAAUCUGUUCCUGAUGAGAUGUUGGUCCUUAUAAAACUGAUACCUAGCCUUGAUGAUUGCACAUGUUUAUCUGGGACAAUGCAACUGGACAGAAGAUUGUGAUGUGCUUUCACAACCAAGUAGCCAUUGGUUAAUGACUUGAAGAACAAAAAUGAAUUUAUUCUUUUUUUUUUUUUUUAACAAAUCCCAAUUAGUCCAGCUUACUUCCUGAAGCGCCUAGUCAGUCCAUUGGUUCCUUCUAAAGAUGUAAAUCUUUGAAAACUGCUUACAAAUGUUUCCUCUUUUUUACCAAAGGAAAUUGUGAAUUUCUUGGGGACUAUUACCAGUGGCAGAUUAAUCCACAGCUGCUGCAGUUCUUGUAGCAGCAGGUCAGUGUAUGUGGGAGUGAGUCAACAGAAACUACAGUGUGUGUGUUCGUGGUAAUGAAGGAACAUAUCAGCCAGUAUUACAGUGUGGCUCACUGAUGUGUUGUAAUAGUGUUUUGGACAACAGUGUAGCUCUGUGGCACACAUCUCAUGAGCUCUGCAGACAACAGGAAACCCAUCGAGUAUCAGCAGACUUUCUUUAUUAAAUGGUAUGUUCUGAAUUAUAUAAAGUGUAUUUGGUGAACUGAAAGCACAGCGGCGGUUUGUUGACUAAAGAUAUUUUUGGAGCAUAGCGUAUAUUUUUUCUAGCUGUUUGAGCCACUCUGGUUCUAAUUAUUAAGUUUGAGAUGAAAAAAUGAAGUGCACUAAAAACAGAAGUGUUUUAGGUCAAAAGUCUGUCUUGUACCUCUCCUUUGGGAGCAGGACAGUGAGCUGUAGAAGUGCCUGAGGUGGACAUCCUGAUAUUUUCACAAAACAAACUGAACAGUUAGAACUGUAUCUGAUGGAAAGUGAUCUAAACAUACAAUGUCAGAUCAGCAAAGCCACCAUUCCUGCCCUGGACUGCGAGCCAAAAGGGGGCUGUGUUUGUAGUCGAACCUACAAAAUGAUCAGGACAUUGUAAUAUGCAGCGUGCCAAAGACCGGGUUCCUCAUGACAAUAUUGUGUCAGUGUGUUCGGAAGUGUUUUGUUUUUGAAUCAGAUAAACACAUGAAACAAAAA